GAUUUCUCCGCGUUUUGUAACUGUACAUCAGCAAUGUAGUUUCAUCGCUGUCAUGGAAAUCUUUUGAUAUCAUACAAUCAUUUCAUCCAACGUCGUAGAACGUCGUACUUGUGAUCAUAACUCUUAUCCAUCAUGCGAAUAACUUCAAGAUUACCGACGUCCUUGGUCAAACCAUUGAAACCCUUAUGCGUGGUCAACAAUUCGAGAUUCCCAAGAUCAUAUUCCACACAUCCUCCACAAGCAAAACUGAAUAAGGCAAUUGAUUAUGGAUCAACUCCUAUCUUAAGCCAUACUGCAUCUAGUGCAUUGCAAAACCCAGAGCUUUCGCCGGAAAUACGAAAUGGUGCCACGAAACGAAUGAACCUAUUCCAAUCAAUUAACGAUGCAUUAUCACUCGCGUUAUCCAAAGAUGAAACAACUAUGGUCUUUGGGGAAGAUGUAGGAUUUGGAGGGGUAUUUAGGUGCAGUACGGGACUGGCAGAGCAAUAUGGAUCAGAAAGAGUUUUCAAUACGCCAUUGUGCGAACAAGGAAUAAUAGGAUUUGCGAUUGGGGCAGCUGCAGAAGGCAUGAAGGCUGUUGCAGAGAUCCAGUUCGCUGAUUAUGUAUAUCCGGCUUUUGAUCAAUUGGUCAACGAGGCAGCGAAGUGGAGAUAUAGGGAUGGAGAAUAUGGGAGAGGAUUGGGUGGACUCACUGUUAGAAUGCCUUGUGGUGCAGUGGGACAUGGCGCAUUAUAUCACUCUCAAUCCCCCGAAUCCCUAUUUACACACAUUCCCGGUCUUCGAGUCAUAAUGCCACGAUCGCCAAUUCAAGCAAAAGGUCUUCUUCUCUCCGCCAUACAAAGUCCGGACCCUUGUAUCUUUAUGGAACCUAAAGCACUAUACCGAGCAGCUGUCGAGCAAGUCCCAGUAGAUGCCUACACAUUACCACUAUCAGUGGCAGAGGUGGUAAAGCCCGGAAAGGAUCUGACUUUGAUAUCUUACGGCCAUCCUAUGUAUACAUGUUCAGCUGCACUACAAGCUGCAGAAAAAGAUCUCGGGAUAAAUAUCGAGUUGAUCGAUCUGCGGACCGUAUAUCCAUGGGACAAAGACACAGUACUAAAGAGUGUAAGAAAGACUGGAAGAUGUGUAGUAGUACAUGAAAGUAUGAUAAAUGCCGGCAUUGGUGCGGAAGUCGCUGCAAGUAUACAAGGAGACAAGGAGACAUUUUUAAGAAUGGAGGCGCCUGUCGCUAGAGUCGCCGGCUGGGGAAUCCAUAUGCCAUUGAUGUUUGAGAAGUUCAACGUGCCAGAUGUUGCUAGGGUUUAUGACGCUAUCAAGAAAUCUAUACAGUACUAGAUGGGUGUCAAAAAGCAGGGUGUAUAGACUACGAGCAUUAUAAUGAUUUCAAUGAGGGUUAACCAGGCGUUAUAGAAAAGAGCUAUUCAGUUUGCGUAUACAAGUUAACAAAUAGUCAUUAGAGGAAUUCUUACAGCUUUGUAGGUAUCUAUCAAUUAAAUGAUGACCACA